AUUAGGCUACUGACAACCUCUUCAAAGCGUGUCUUCUUUCGCGAGACAGACGGGAACUACAUGAACUUUCACGAAUAUUUCGUUUACGUCUGGUAAUCAAUGCAGGACUCAUUUCUCAUACAAAUCUGUUCAGAUUGAUCAUCUGCUAUGGAUUUGAGGGACUCAUCUCCAACCUCCCCUCCUCCGCCAUCUCUGGAAAAUGGAGAAUCAGUCAUUGAUACCAAUCCUGCGUCCUGCUUCAUGAAACCUGCCAAAUCCCUCUCCACCUCUGAAACCACUACCACCAAGUCCCCAACAGCUUGCUCAGAUACUCCCAAGACACCCCAAAACAUCUUGCCUGUUUUCACAGCCACAACCAAAGUGGAUGCCUCCCCAGGCUCCAUCAAAGCAUGUACUUUCUCCAUCACUCCUCCUGACACCAGCGCAGCACCAUCGCCAAACACCUCAGCCAUGUCUUCCAGUUCCUCAAAGCUCGCAGCUUCCUCUGCUGCCUCCUUAUCACCUGAUUCGGAGUCAGCCUCUGGCACAAAACAAAAGCCCUCUUUACCUCGACCGAAGAGUUUUCAACUGCUGGCCAAGAGAGUGAUCAUGCAAGAGAAGAUGAGGAAGGCCGCAGAGGCAGAGUCUUUUGAAGAAGAGGAAGAGGAGGAGGACUUGCCCUUUGAAGAGCUGGAAGAAAAGGCCAAGGGUGGAGAUGCAAAGUAUCAGAGCCAACUGGGUAAGUACUACCUGAAACUGGCCGAGGAGAGAGACAAAGAAGAGAAUGAACAGCUGGCUGUGGAGUGGUUUGUGCAGGCUGCCAAACUGGGCCGCAAGGACGCGGCUAAGAUGCUACAGCGCUGCUGGAUUCAGAGGAGAGGCAUCACUCCAAAGAAUGAUGCGGAGGUACGCAAGCUCUCUACGGAGAGCAAGUUUGAGCAGGCGGUGAGGCGGGCAGCCAUGAUGAUGUUCCAGAAGCUCAAUCCAGACGGGAAGAAGACCGUGGCUAUGUCCGAAAUGCUCCAGAAUGUCGACCAGGUCAAUGCAGUGCCAGGAACAGCGGCCACCUCCAUUGACAAACAAAAGAGACUCCUGGAGAACAUGGUGGCCAAUGAAUCUGGACAAUAUGUUGACCUAGACCAUUUUGUGGAAAUCACCAAGAAAUACACAGAGAGCAUUGCACCGGUCACCAUUCAGGAUGAAAGGAUAAAUGAUGCCCAGGAGUCUAUUAAAACAGAUGUGUGUAAACAGGAAUCGAGUGAGAUGGUCCCCUCGAACCGCAGGUUGAAAAGGCACAGCUGGGGCACUGAAAUGAUGCUGGGCAACAGACGCAGGUUUGCCAUGAAGAGAGCCAUCGAUAUUAAAGCUCACUUUCUGGGCCUUCAGUACCCUCUGAACAUCAUCCUGUCCAUGAAGGACCAGCUGGUCGAUUGGGCCUCCCGGGCCGGCGUCCAGUGGCUGAGCACGAUCAUCCCCACGCACCACGUCAAUGCCCUCAUCUUCUUCUUCAUCAUCAGCAAUCUCACCAUCGACCUGUUUGCCUUCGCCAUCCCCCUGUUCAUCUUCUACCUCUCUUUUAUCGCCAUGGUGAUCUGCACGCUCCGCAUCUUCCAGAGCAGCAAGGGCUGGGAGAACUUCAGUGCGAUCACGGCGCUGCUGACGCGCUUCGAGCCCAGUCUGGACGUGGAGCAGGCCGAGACCAACUUCGGCUGGAACAACCUGGAGCAGUACUUCUACUUCAUGACGUCGGUCAUCUUCGUCAUCUUUACUUUCCCGGUGGCAGACAAGGGCUGGAUCCCGUGCUCGGAACUGUCUACAGUGGCCAUCUUCUUGGCCCUCAGCUACAUGAGCCUGAGCCCCACGGCAGCCACCUACGCGCGGAAGGCCAUCUUCAUCGAGGUGGCGUCGUCCGCCUGCACCAUGACCAGCCGCCUGCCCGACACCAUGGUCAUGGUACGCAUGCUGGGCAAGACGUUUACCACCGUGCCCCUGGGCCACUCAGUUGUGCUCAAGCUCAGCUUGCCCUGUCUACUCUACAUCUACCUCUUCUACCUGUUCUUCAGGAUGGCGAGGAUGCGCGGCUUCAGUGGGACCUACUGCUUCCUGGUGCCCUACCUGGUGUGCUUCAUGUGGUGGGAGUUCUCCGUGGUGCUGCUGCAGCACUCCACCCCCGUGGGCCUCAUGCGCACCUGCGUGGCCUACUUCCUGCUGCUCUUCGCCCUGCCCGUCCUGGCCGUUGGCCUGGCCAUGAUGCUGUUCAUCCAGAUGGUCAAGUGGUUCGUGGAACUGGAGCUGACCAAGAUGCUGGUGACCCUGGCAGUGUGCGCCGUUCCGGUCACCCUGCGCCUGUGGACGCGCUUCAGCCUGUCCAUCCUGGACGUCUUCCACUCCAUCACCCACCGUGGCCCCGUCAAGCUCAUCCUGAUCUGCAUCAGCACCAUCAUCCUUCUCUGUGGGGUCUACCUAUACAACGUGGAGGGGCUCAAGGUGUACAACUCCACGAUGACCUGGCCGAAGUACAGCAAGUACUGCGGUCCGCCGGCGUGGCAGGCCCGGGGCAUGGCGCAGACGCAGAUCUGGUGCAGCCACCUGGAGGGACACCGGGUCACCUGGACGGGCCGCUUUCGCCACGUGCGCGUGGCCGAGACGGAGAACGGGGCCCAGUCGGUCAUCAAUCUGCUGCCGGUGUUCAUGGCUGACUGGAUGCGCUGCCUGUACGGACAGGCCUACCCCAAGUGUGAGCCGGUCAACGCGACCGCCUCCGGAGUGAACGGGUCGGCCCAGCACGUUCUGCUCCAACAGCAGCAAGAGGAGGAGGAGAUGUGCCAGAUCAAGAUGCUGGCCAAUCACCAGUGCCACGUCAAGCGCUUCGACAGCUACCGCUUCGAGGUCACCGUGGGGAUGCCUUUCGACGGCACCGGCCCUUCGGUCGAUGACCCGAGCUCUGACAUUGUCCUGCGGGCCAGCCACGAGUUCCAACAGGUCCUGUUGAACCUUGACCCGGGGAGCAUGGUGGAGUUCAGCACCAAGCUGGAGGGACGGCUGGGGGCCAAGCUUCCUGUGUUUGAGCUCAAGGCCAUCCACUGCCUGGACUGCAAGUCCUCCCUCGUGCCCGAGGGCCGUCAGGUGAAGAUCGAGCGCAACUGGCGACACAGCGUGAUGCGCUCCAUUAAGUUCGCCUUCGACUUCUUCUUCUCCCCGUUCCUCUCUGCCAGGAUCUGAUGGGUCUGCCCACUCAGGACCAGAGAGGUAAAUUGAACAUUAAUGCCAAUUAUGAGUAUUUUAACAUGGGAGACAGGCAAUAACUAUAUUUAUAUUUAUAUCACUUAGCAGAUGUUUCUUUUCAAAGAAAAUUGGAGUAAUAGAAAGGUAUACAUUUUAUCUAUGUCUGUGUGCCUUAGUAUUUUUUUGAAGAAUGUCUGAGCUGCUCUUCUUGUUGGUAGCUGUCUAAGUUCAUGCAAAGUCAUUGGAUGACAUGAAGCAACAACUGAGCGAAAUUCAUUUACAAAAUGCUCAUUGCCUUGAUCAUCAAGAUAAUGUCUUUUUCUUGAUAUGACAGUAAAGGAGAUUGUUCAACCCUCGGGAGUCAUCUUUUUGAAUCACUUUGCAGGGCCUAUUCCACCUACUGUUGUGUCUUAAACGUUUCAUUAAUGCCCAAUCCACAUCUUCAUUCAUCAAAUUAAUGUUAAGCCCCCAUGUUUACACCAUAGCAAACAUGCUAGUAGCUCAACAGAAGCUAACUUUAUUUUUUAAGCACAUUAUCUCAAAGAGAAGAAGGUGCCGGAGAGUGGCUGGUGUGCUCAGCAGAGCUGCUGUUUAUCAGAGGUGCCCUGUCGAGUCACAUCUGAUGCCAAACAAUGCAAAUAUGAAGUUGAUGGGCCUGUAAGCCUGUAGAUCCCACAGCAGUGCCUCUACUAUGUGGCAACACUUUGACUUAAUUGUACUGUAGAGUUUGUCCCUCCACUUGUUAAAAUGUUAAAUAUUUCUGCAAAUACCUCUCGGAUGCUUAGAGGUAUAAAAUUAGCUUAAAAUCCCAGGAUGAAAGUCCCUGUGUGGGAUCACUUUGGUCUUUAAGAGAUUUAAGCAGAACCUAUGAUGGUAUCUGAAACAUUUAUUGAGACUUUGUUUUCUUUUUAAUUCCAAAGCAGUUUUCAAAGCAGACAUAUUGUGUCAAGGCAUUAGACAUGUUUUCCCCUGGACUAGAAACCAUUCAGUGUUAGAGCUAACACUUCCAAAUUAGGUGGUGGUCCCCAACAAAACCCAACCCUAACCUUAACCCCCAGCCCACCACAUGCACACAUACCUCCAAAUAUCUGACUUGAAUCCCAUGUCGGUACUUCUGACUAGUGAUAACAAGUACUACAGUAUGUCCAUUGUCCUUAUCCAAGCUUUAAUGGCAAGGAGAGUGACUAAAAGAAACUGAAGUUGUUUGUCAUCCAUAAUAUCAGAAUAUAGGUGUUUGAGUUUACUUGAGUUUAUGGAUGUGCUUAUGCAUCAAAGUUCAAUAUUUAAUGUUGUUGUUUUGCUGUUUUUACCUCCAGAUUGUUUACUAUUAAAUAUUGAGAAAUGUAAUGUUCUAGAUUUUUAUCUCAAUGUAUUUGAAUUAUUUGAUUAACAAAUUGAGUAAUGUAAUAGUUGUAUUAGAUUGGUCACUAAAGUUAAACAAACCAACUAACUUUAAAACUGGAAACAAUUUUGGGAGAUCCAUAAUAUCCCAAACUUUGAAUCAAUUAUCCAGGAGGUGUUUCCCAUGGCAUGUCACUUUAUUAGCCUGACUAUUUUAACAUUGGUUAAAAGGUACAAUCCAUGAUUGGUUGAUAUUGAUUGCAAUUGAUAAGCUCAGCAUCCAAUCAAAUGACAGUGCUUCCUUCUGUGCCUCUGAUGCAAUGUGUUGACUGGCUGAUCUUGUUUGUGGCACAAGCAAUGUUUUCCCAUUUACAGAGCCAGCACCGUGUGUGUGUAAGGUAACACCAGAGUUGUUGUUAGCACACACUGAUAAUGGAUUGCUAAAGGGCCAUGUGUAUGGCCAUACCACACUUAUGCUGCAUUCCAGACAACUCGGAAGUCAGAUAUUUCCUAAUUUCAUUCCAGACAAUCUUGGAGGUCAAGAAUUCUGACCUCCUACUAGGAGAAAGUACAAUGGAACGCCACUUGAAGCCGGAGUUCCCACUUCUGGGUCGCUCUACCCCAACUUCAAGGUUGGAAUUGAAGUCCGACUUCCGACAUCCAAGUUGUCUGGAAUGCGGCAAUAGCACACCUGAUCUGAUCUGGGACAUGUAACAGUGUUGGGCUAUGAAGAGCCAUUUACUGAAUUUGACAAAUAUGUCUCUGUGUUCUAUAUUAUUCCACUGUAAUGAGUCAAUUUCAGACCCAUUAAUCCAUUCAUGAUGACAUCGGCUCAUGAUAUAUGCAACCAUCCCAUUUUGUUUGCAUUUGCAGUCACAGUCUUAGAGUCAGGGGUAUUGGCAUAAGUGUGGACACUGUAUGAGGAACACUGUUAUGGGACUAAUAAGAGAAACAGAACAGGCCUCUUGCACACUUAAGUCAUCACACCUCGGAGUGCCUCGUGUCAGGUAUUGAUCAUGUUGAGGAAUUGUAUCUCCAGAUUUUUCAUGUGUAUUUUUUAGAAAUAAAAAAGGGAAUAAUUCAA